AAAAGGUGACAACCUUAUAGCUAAGUUCAUAAAGCGGUGCUUCUUCAUCACACCAUAGUACUACUAUACAAGAAAACAUCAGCACUUUUUGCAAUGGCUGCUGUCGAAAUUCCUACGUUGGUGCUUCCAAACUCUAGUUCCCAACAAAGGGUGCCAGUGGUCGGAAUGGGUUCUGCCCCAGAUUUCACCUGCAAGACAGACACAAAGGAAGCAAUCAUUGAGGCCAUAAAACAAGGUUACAGACACUUUGACACUGCUGCUGCCUAUGGCUCUGAGCAAGCUCUUGGUGAAGCCUUGAAAGAAGCAGUUCAACUUGGCCUUGUCUCUCGCCAAGAUCUCUUUGUCACUUCCAAGCUUUGGGUCACUGACAAUCAUCCUCAUCUCGUUGUUUCAGCCUUGAAAAAAUCACUCAGAACUCUUCAACUGGAGUAUCUCGAUCUCUAUCUCAUUCACUGGCCCAUCAGUUCUCAACCUGGAAAAUUCUCAUUUCCUAUCGAGGUUUCAGAUCUUUUGCCUUUUGACGUAAAGGGUGUGUGGGAAGCCAUGGAAGAAUGUCAAAAGCUUGGUCUGACACGAGCCAUUGGUGUGAGCAACUUUUCUGUGAAGAAACUUGAGAAUUUGUUGUCUGUUGCUACCAUCCGUCCUGUGGUGAAUCAAGUGGAGAUGAAUCUUGCAUGGCAGCAGAAGAAGCUGAGAGAGUUCUGCAGUGAAAAUGGGAUAGUGAUAACUGCAUUUUCUCCUUUGAGGAAAGGUGCAAGUAAGGGAGCAAAUGAAGUGAUGGAGAAUGAAAUGCUGAAAGAGAUUGCAGAGGCUCAUGGUAAGACUAUAGCUCAAGUUUCUCUGAGAUGGUUGUAUGAACAAGGAGUCACCUUCGUGCCAAAGAGCUACGAUAAGGGAAGGAUGAACCAAAAUCUACAGAUAUUUGAUUGGAAGUUAACCAAACAAGAUCUUCAAAAAAUUAGUGAAAUAUAUCAAAAUCGUUUGAUCAAUGGACCCACCAAACCCCAACUCAAUGAUCUUUGGGAUGAUGAAAUAUAACUCAAAUGUUGAAUUUUCCUUUUAGAUUGCAAUUUAAACUUCAUGUUGCUUUUGAA